AUGGAGCCUUUCGCUUACGAGGACUACUCGGAUUUCGACGCCGACGAGUUGGAUUUCGAUCCAUCUCCGCGAAAGACUACUACAGCUACCAUUGUACCGCGACCUCAUCGCUCUUCCUCACCUUUUGAACUCGACAGUAAGUCAAGCAUUGGCCUCCCUCUUGAAAAGACGAAUUGUGUGAAAGUCAAGUGUUGCUAA